GAUGUGUUCGUGUUUCCAUCUAGUCCGAGAAAGUGUUGUCGCCGUGCUGUGUGAUUUAAAAAGUGAAAAAAUUUGUUUUUUCGCUGGAAACUCGAGCUUUUUGCACGAUUUUUCAGUUUCCAGCCAAAGACUAGUUAAAAGUGAUCACGAAUUCCACAAAAACUUGUGUUCUAAACCAAAAAAGGCGCGGAAAAGUGAUUUAUAAAACCGCUUAUCAUGAACCUUUUUGACUCCGAAGAGUCGCAGGUUUUCAGAAUCUUGCAAUAGUAUGCGUGUUUUACACGAAACCGUUCAAACAAGUUAUUUCCUCGUAGUAUUGGCAACACUGCGAGCAUAAACUUCGAACGGAGCGCGAGGCAAGAAAACUUCAUUUUUUCACGACCCAAAAGUGACAGGCGGAAAACAACAAUGGACGUCGUGGUGUUGCAUUUUUGAUCCCUGGAGGAUAAUUCUGUGUUAAAUUCCUUGUGUGACCCUAAUUUAAAGUCUAAAUUGUAACUAUAUUCAUAAGAAAUAGUGCACCAAACUCGUGAUGGAUUUCGAUGAUGAUUCCUCCAAUCCGAGGGAGCCGUCGUGUACCCCACCGCUACCGACGACAGAUUUGACGCCUAUCGAAAUCAUGAAAUUUGCCCCUAGUGGUGAUGAUUUGGCCACACCGGAGAGGCUUGACGAUGUGGACAAAGAUGCUUCGAGUGUUGUCCCUCAGCGGGAUCAAUCUACGCCUAAGAAAUCUGGUGAAUAUCUCGUAGCAGCAGUGAGGGAAAAAACUGCCGAGGCAGACAAAAAUGGCGAACCCUGUGUGGUGGAGAAAAGUGAUUCCAAGGGGGAGAAGCUGACGAAUAAGGUGGCAGAUGAAACCUCCUCAGCUCGGCUUCCGACAAGGAAGGAUGCGAAAGGAAAUGUCCCAAGUCCUUCCGUCGUGAAAUCUGACCGAUCAAAAGUACCCUCGUCACCACCUACCAAAAAACGAAAAUCAGACACUGCUGACAAAUUGAAGAGCAGCAAAAGAAAAGAUAAGGACAAGUCCACAGAUAUGGACAAAUCCAAAGAGAAGGAAAAAGAGAAAAACAGAAAACGCAAAAGCAAGAAUCGAGAGAAAGAUCGUUCUAGUAGUAGGGGUAGAUCGCGAGUACGUACUAAAUCCGACGAUAAGGAAAAGAAACGACGGUCCAAAAGUGUUGAAAAACGAAGUCGUAGCCGAAAAAGUAGCUCUCCUCGGUCAGAUCGAAAAAAACGAAACGCCAGUCGAAGCAAAUCGGAAUUCGCAAGAUCACAAAGCAUGGCCAGUGGUAAGAAAACCGAGGAAAGAUCAAAGCGGAAAUCAAGAUCCCGAGAAAGGGGGAAAUCGUUAAGUUUCAAAAAUAGACGCUCUGGCAGCAAUAAGGAGCAUCAAGGCGAAACAUCCGGUAAUCAGAGCCUCACUUCUGCGAAGAAACGCACAGAACGAUCGCCAGUAUUGCUAUCUUCGAUCAAAUACACCUCGAGUCCUCCAGUGAUUGGUUGGCGAGAGCGAAUUGUAAGCAAGGUACAAAGUGCAACGCCUUUUCGACAAAUUCCCAUCACUCCGGCUAUAGCCGCGUUGCAGGCAUAUGAUGACGAUGAAGAUUCUUCGCACAGCAACGAUGGUCUUAGCUCAAAAGCAAGACGAGUGACGGCCGGAGAGAAAACGGUCAAAGAGAAACCGGAAGCAAAUUCAAAGCGUAAGAAAAAGAUUCGGAGCAAAAGCUCAGUGAAAAAAUCAAAGAAAAGUGGAUCUCAGAAGAAAAAAUCCAAGGAAAAACGCAAGGAGCAAAGUAAACGCAAGCGAUCGCCAAAGGAGAAAAAGAAAGAAAAGGAAGUUGUCGACAAAGUUGUAGAUCCUGAACCAAUUUCUGCUACGGAUCUUCACGUUUCUUCUGGUGGUACCGAUACCGAACUAGAAACAUCGUUUCAUGACGAGGAGGAUCAAGAUGAACUCUUUGUUAAGCGGAUAAAACUUGAGAAGAUGGACGAUAGAGAUCAGCUGCAGUUUGGACAAAUUCAAAUAGACUACAGCAUCGUUAAACAGGAACCGCUAACUGACGAAGAGAAGGAAAAAGUCAAAAAUGCUCCGCCCGUUACUGAGCCUGUACUUACUCAUGAACCGGUGCCUAAGGCAGUACUUCCAGAGCUGGAACAGCCAGUUAUACAAAGUUUGAAAAGCCCAGAACCGAAAGAAUCUACACCAUUGAGACCGAGAUUCAACUGCUCCUUUUUGGAUGACCUGAAUAGCGGUAAGAAGUUGACUGUUUUGCAAAAAGCAGAACUUGAGGACCGCAAUCGAAAGGAGGCUGAUUCUCCGGACACUGAUGACUACGCUUCAAACUGGGAGAAUGACGAAUUCAGUCCCCUGGUGACAACCGCAAAAGUACCCGUUGAAACGCCGAAACAGGCUGGUAACAAAGCAUUGGUUAUCAGUGAGGAAAAUUCUAAACGAAACCGACUUAUCCCUAAAAGUACACAUGAGCAGAUCAUUCCAUUGGAUGAUUUACUAAACAUUCAGAGUCAGUUGCAGUCGAUGAAGAGUAAGCUUGAAAGUGUUGGCCAGUUGGAAGGAAUUACUCCGUUAACAAAGAAAAUGGAAUUUUUGCCAAGUGUAACUGAUAAUUCUGAUGAAAAACUGAAUUGUGUUCCGGUUUUAGGAAAAGAAAAUGCAGAUGAUACAAAAAUAACUAAUCGCAAGCAAGCAAAAAAACGCAGAAGUUCAUCUAGUACAACGACCAGCACAAGCUCUACUUCCGAUAGUUCUAGCUCAAGUUCCGAUUCUAGCUCUUCAAGUUCAUCUUCCAGUUCAAGCUCUAGUUCAUCCGAUUCGGAUUCGACUGAUAGUUCCGAUGAGGAGGCAAAGAAGAAUAAGAAGAAACUUCUCGUCAAGCGGAAAAAUGCACUUAUCAAACCUAUAAUCUCUGUGGCGGACAUAGAACAGCUGGCCAGUGAAUUGCCAGAUGACAUUCUCGAGCAAGAAGAACGUGAACAACUAAAUACAACUGAGCCGACGAUAGAACCAGCAGUGCCUCUCGUGGUCCCUCAACUUGUCAUUCCUGAGCAUUUGCUGCCAAAACCAAGAUCCCAUCCUACAGCACCUUCCAAAAUCUACAGCAUCAAAGAUGAUUCAUUAAGUGAAACCACCAGUAGCCAUGAAUCUAUAACCAGCCCGAAGAAGCCAUUAAGUUUGGAUCGUGAGUCGCCAAUAAAAUUGAAACUUCAAACAAAGAACAAGAUCGUACCAGGUGUAACGACAUCAGCUUUAUUGGGUCCGGAAGAUGACGAAGAGAACGAGAAUCAAAUUGUUGAAAAACAUGAAACACUGGCAAAGGAAGACGUUGCAAAACCUCCUGAACCACCCGCGGAGAAAAACCAUGAUGAAUGCCGAGAAAUGAAACGCCCCAAAGACCGUAGAUCAAAUGAUCGUAGUCCUAGAAGACUGCGUGAUCAUACCGGCACUACGACCAAGCGACGAUCUAAAGAUCGUCGUAGUCACAGCAAAUCUAAAGAACGUAGUCCCAACCGAAAACGUCGUUCACUAGACCGAGACCGCGAACGUAGCAGAAAUAACCGUUUGCGAAGUCCUCCACUGCGACGUAUAAGAAGCUCACCUCCACCCCGUCGCAGACGAUCGCGUUCUCGAUCGAGAAGUUUAAGUCCUACGCUUUUGCGCAGGCCACCAAGUCCACCGGGUGAUGGUAGUCCCAGAACUCGUCGAUAUUCGGCGGAUCGAGAAUGGCGCCGAUCACGGUCGCCCUACUAUCAACGACCCCCAUCACCAAAAGAGAAACCACCAAAUGAGAAUCAAAUCGAUGUUGUUACUAGCACAGGCGGCAGUAGUGCAGUGUUCACUUCCGCCAACGACCAGUCUCCUGUUACCGGGUACAAGAAAAGCCUUGCCGAUUCCACAAUCAACGAUGCUGAUCUGGAAAUUCAGAAACGCAAGUCACAAAACUUCAGCGAGAGCUCUGCCUAUAACAACGUAUAUUCAAAGACAUAUGGUUUUUACGGUCCAGAGGACAUGGUGCUAGAAGGUCCGGAAGGAGGUGAUUCGCCGAAACGAAUACCCCUAGACGAUCGAAUUAACAUUGUGUUAGGCAUCAACGGAGUUGAACCUCCCAAAAGAGCAGAUGUCGUACCAGUGUCUACCGCAAACCACUACGGGGAUUAUCAGUCCAUUCAGCCCCUGCACCAUGACAUGCAACAACAACCUCCACAACAUUAUCCACCACUUCAACAAUUCCCCGGUCCAAUCAACAGCCCACGGUCAAUGAUGCACCCGCCUCCGCAGCAACAACAGCAUCAAUUUCAGCAUAAUUAUCGUCAAGAUUUUCAUGUUGCGCCAACGGGACAACCACCACCGCCUCCAAAUCCGUAUGCAUACGGACCAAAUCCUCGUCCACAGUUCUUCCCUAGUCCACGCAUCCCACAGCAGGGUUGGCUGCGUGCUCCCCACGGAGCAGUUAUCCAACCCGGCCCUACACAUCCGCAAAUAUAUCCCAACAACAUGUUCCACCAAACUCCAAACGUUCAGGUUCCUCCUCCCCCACUACCUGUCGAUCCAACGAAAACUCACGUCGUACAGGUGGGUAACGUAUUGGAAAUAGUUCCAACGGCAGUUCCUCCACCAGCGGUCAACCAACCGCUGAGAACCACUCCCCCAGUAAUAAUUAUCGAGCCUACAACUCCUUUUAUGCAGCAGGCUUCACCGUCAGAUACUCCCAACCUUCUCACCCCGAAGAUCCUCACAGCAGAGGAACUGAAACUGCGACACGAACGUCGACUGGAACUGAAGAAGAAAAUACGUAUAGAGCGCGAGAAGAAACGCACGGAGAAGAAAAUGCGAAAAGAAAAGCUCAAGAUGGAAGUCAAACGUCUAUUGGCUGAAACCAGUGCUACAGCCGCUAAUAGCUCCUCAGAAGAAGAAGAAUUUGAUGCUAUCAAACACCAGGAGUUGCUUGCUUCACUUAGUAAAGGCUAUGACCGAAGCAUACUACGGACGAAAACUGGCGCAUGUGUUGCCAGAAAACAGGUCCUUUUUGCGGAUGGCGUCGCGCCAGGCGAUGAAUCAUCUUCUUCGGGUGCGGAAGUACUCAGGUCUCCUGCCAAAAUUACUGCGUCAAAAACGCGUAAAAAAUUGCGACGGAAACGAACGCUAAAAGCCACCGGAAGGAAACGUCUUAUCGACAGGUUAAAAUUGCCGGAUCUCGAUCUCGAAGAAAAGGAACGCAUCGAUCCCGAGUUGGAUGCCAUGCCAGCACCUUCGCCCCCACCUGGUUCACCACCCUCGGAGUUAUUGCAACCACGCUGCAUCAAUCCACCUCCAGUGCAAAUGAUAGACUUCAGCGACGCUCCUCCCAUGUUGCCCUUUCGUGCCACAGGCAGUUCUACAUCUUCAAAUACGCCUUCUUCUAACGGCUCUGGUAUGCCGGCUUCUCCAUUUGUUCCGGCAACACCACCAUCGAACGGUGGCAAUAAUUCUGCUGCUAAUUCGAAUCACAAUCUGAACGUCGGUCAUAGCUCGGUACCUCCAUCUUCGACUAGCAGUACCAUGCCUGGCUGGAAUCGAGUAGCACCGGUACCUACCAGUGCUUCAUCGCACAUGCGAUCACAUCAUCAUAGUCACCAGCAUCACUACCAUCACUCGCAUAGUCAGCACCAUACACAACCACCUCCACCAUCAUCGUCACAGCAGUCUGUGUUAGGACUAAAGAAGUCACGGCGGGAUGGAUAUCGUAGCAACCAACAUCCGCCGGAACCGCCUCACGCAAUCGAAGCGAUCGGCUCUUCAAUGCGACACUCGUCGUCCUACGAUGCAGGUUCCCAUUGAUGAACAAAUGUCGGCAAUUGUAAGUAAGUAGCUUUUAACUUUUUUUUCUCCAAGUAACAGUUUCUUAUUUGUCGAAAAUGGAACGUUCGGAAACAUCCCCAUUCUAAGACAUAAGAAUUUCAAAAAAGAGUUAAUUUAGGAUAAUUAGGCUUAAGAAGAAUUCUAGGGUGUUCCAGUCUACAGUCUGGAUUACAGCGCCAAGUUUCAGUGAAUCUUUAACGUAAAAUGGCGCAAAAGCGUGUAAUUCUAUAUUAUUUUGAAUUAUAGAGACAAAAAAGCAUAGCGUUUUAUUCAGAAUUCAUAACAAUAAUUUAAUGAAAAAAUAACUAUAUUUUAGACAUCGUCAUAUUGUGUUGAGUAUGCUUA